AUGGUUUCUAUUUUCGCAUUCCGUUUGCUGGCAUUAGGCUCGGUAGCAUUUGCUAGUCAAAGUCGAAGUGACUUUCAAAGCAAAUGUACCCAAUUUGCCGAUAAAAUCCAUAUUCCCAAUGCCAAAGUCAACUUCGUUGAGUUCGUGGCAGGAGGGACGAAUCUUUCGAUUCCAGACUACCCAUCUAGCUGUUCCUACGGGCCAUAUCAAGAGAUCACAGUUGAUAUUUGCCGAGUUGCAAUGGCUGUGACCACUUCCAAUAGUAGUGAGCUCACUCUAGAGGCUUGGUUCCCGCGGGAAUACAAAGGUCGCUUCUCCAGCACUGGAAACGGUGGUAUUUCGGGAUGUAUUCAAUAUUAUGACCUUGCAUAUACUGCUCAGUUGGGCUUUGCUACAGUUGGUGCGAACAACGGCCACAACGGAACUUCGGGCGAGUCUUUCUAUCACAAUACAGAGGUGGUGAAAGACUUUGCUUACCGAUCUCUUCAUACCGGUGUGGUAAUUGGCAAGGAGCUUACCAAAGCUUUCUAUGAAGAGGGUUUUAACAAGAGUUACUAUCUUGGUUGCUCCACUGGAGGUCGACAAGGAUGGAAGGCAAUUCAAAAAUAUCCAAAUGACUUCGAUGGCGUUGUUGCAGGCGCCCCUGCUAUCAACUUCAUCAAUCUCCUCUCCUGGAGCGGUCAUUUCUAUCCGAUUAUUGGUUCUACAUCCUCAGACACCUAUCUCACUCCCGUAGAGUGGGAACUUGUGCACAAGGAAACUAUUCGGCAAUGUGACGCAAUCGACGGGGCAGAGGAUGGGAUCAUUGAAGACCCUGAUCUGUGUGUCCCUGUUCUCUCACCCUUGAUCUGCCCUCAAGGUGUAUCGAAUAGCAGUUCCUGCCUGACAAGCACUAAGGUUAAUACAGCUCAGCAAGUCCUGUUGCCGUUCUACGGAAAGGAUGGCACCCUACUCUACCCCCGCAUGCAGCCUGGCUCGGAGAUUUAUGCUUCAUCAAUCAUGUACAACGGCCAACCCUUUUCGUAUAGUCAGGACUGGUUCCGGUAUGUGGUCUACAACGAUUCAUCUUGGAGUGGUGAGAACUUCUCAGUAGCCGACGCUGCCGUCGCUCUUGCUCAGAACCCAUAUAACAUUCAAACCUGGGAUGGUGACCUGUCCCCCUUCAACAAGGCCGGUGGAAAGGUCCUCCACUACCAUGGCAUGCAAGAUCAUCUGAUCAGCUCCGAUGAUUCAAAGUUGUAUUACUCCCACGUGGCAAAUACAAUGGACUUGCCACCUGCGAUAUUAGACGAGUUCUACCGUUUCUUCACAGUGAGUGGUAUGUCUCACUGCUCCAACGGAGACGGUGCCUCGAAUAUUGGUCAGGGUCUCCAAACAUACGCUGGUAAUGAUCCUCAGGAUAAUGUGCUCAUGGCCAUGGUGAAAUGGGUGGAAGAGGGCGUGCCGCCUGAGACCAUUCGUGGAACAAAGUUCUCCGACACGGAUAGCUCAGUGGUUGAAUAUAGACGGAAACACUGUCGGUGGCCUCGACGGAAUGUUUUCAAAGGUCCCGGAAACUAUACUGAUGAAGAUUCGUGGAAAUGUACUUAG